AAUUAACAGAAAAUGCUUAACCGAUGUAGGCAUGCAAACAGCUGCAUGUCAUACCAGCAUAACGCCAACGCGUCGACUGCGCAGCUGACGACGCUGCGAGCACAGUUUUGUUAUCGUUGUAAUCAGAACACACACAAAAAAAAGCUAGCCAAGAAAAACAGUUGCUGCGAAUAUCAGACGGGACAAAAACAAUUAAGCGAUUAGCUUACAAUAAACAAUAACAAUUACACUGCCAGCAACUACAGCAAAAACAAUAGCAUUUGCAGCAGCCCUGGCAACAGCAUUAGCCAAAGCAAAGACAAAGCUGAAAAAACACAACGUCAUUUGGUCAGCGACUGCGGCAGAAGCGGAACGGCGGUCAGGGCGCAGGGCGUGAAUGCUGGUUAGCCUGUACGCACAGUUAAUUCGCGGCAUGGACAGCGUAUUCGAAGCUUACCUCGGCCCGGAUAGCGUCUUGGCUGGCGCCGUGGGCGGCGCAGUUGGCGAGUUGGAUGAUAUACCAAAACGCAAUACAGAUGUUUGGCUACUGGGCAAGCGCUACAACGCCAUACAAGAACUGGAGCCCAUUAGACGUGAUAUCCAAUCUCGCCUGUGGUGCACGUAUCGUCAUGGAUUUGUGCCCCUGGGCGAGGUGCAACUGACCAGCGACAAGGGCUGGGGCUGCAUGUUGCGCUGCGGCCAAAUGGUGCUGGCCCAAGCCUUAAUCGAACUGCAUCUGGGUCGCGAUUGGUUCUGGACGCCCGACUGCCGGGAUGCCACCUACCUGAAAAUCGUCAAUCGAUUCGAGGAUACGCGCAAAAGUUAUUAUUCAAUACAUCAAAUUGCCUUAAUGGGCGAGUCGCAAAACAAAGCUGUGGGCGAGUGGCUCGGACCCAACACAGUUGCCCAAAUACUCAAAAUCCUCGUGCGCUUUGACGACUGGAGCUCGCUGGUCGUGCACGUAGCCAUGGAUAGCACCGUGGUGCUGGAUGAUAUAUACACCUGUUGCCAGAAUUCCAACGAAGCCACCUGGAAGCCAUUGCUACUGAUUGUGCCGCUGCGUCUGGGCAUUACCGAAAUUAAUCCCAUUUAUAUACCCGCCCUGAAGCGCUGCUUGGAGCUGAGCAGCAGCUGCGGCAUGAUUGGCGGCCGGCCCAAUCAGGCGCUCUACUUUCUGGGCUACGUGGACGAUGAGGUGCUAUAUUUGGAUCCGCAUACAACGCAGCGAGCUGGCGCAGUGGCCCAAAAGACCACAACGGCCGAGAAAGAGCUGGACGAGAGCUAUCAUCAAAAGUAUGCGGCACGCUUGAACUUUGGCGCAAUGGAUCCCUCGCUGGCCGUUUGUUUUCUGUGCAAGACGCAUGACAGCUUUGAGCAGCUGCAACAGCAGCUGCGGCAGGACGUGCUCAGGCUGUCCACGCCGGCGCUAUUCGAGAUAAGUCAGUCGCGUGCCGUCGACUGGGAUACGGCGGAUGAUAUUGAAUGGCCGGCCAUGCCGGACAUUGAUUGGCCCGCCAGCAGCGACUCGGAGCCUUUCGCCUUAGUGGGCAACAGCAGCGACGUCGACAGCAAAACCCGAGAGCGAGGCGGCGACUGAGAGAAAGCGAGAGAGAGAGAGAG